AGCUGCCUCGGCUCCCAGCGCUCCCUGUCCCCGCCCCGCGCCGGCGGCUCCACUCCCACUUCCUGAGCCCGGCUGGAGCCCUGGAGGCCAGGCCAGGCCCGGCCGCUCUGGCCCCCGGGGGCAAGUCGGCCGAGUCCUGUCCCAGCCUCUGGGCUCGGGAGGCUGCUGCCACCACUGCCCGGGCCGUCCAGGCCUCCCACCUUCCUCCCAGGCCUCCACCCAUCUGCUCGGCUGGCUGACUGGCCGCCAUGCGCCUGCCGUGGGCCGCCUCCCCCUGCGGCCUGGCCUGGGGGCCGCUCAUAUUGGGCCUCUGGGGUCUCCUGGCAGCAUCCCAGCCCCAGCUGAUGCCCCCAUACCGCACGGAGAACCAAACCUGCCGGGACCAGGAAAAGGAGUACUACGAGCCCAAGCAUCACGUCUGCUGUUCCCGCUGCCCCCCAGGCACACACGUCUCGGCUGAAUGUGGCCCCGACCAGGACACCACUUGUGCCACGUGCCCCGAAAAUUCCUACAACGAGCACUGGAACCAUCUCUCCAUCUGCCAGCUGUGCCGCCCCUGUGACCAGAUGCUGGGCUUCGUGGAGAUCACGCCUUGCACUAGCAAACACAAAACCCAGUGCCGCUGCCAGCCAGGACUCUUCUGCGUCUUUUGGGGCUCUGAGUGUGUACACUGCGAGUCACUCUCCCACUGCCCGCCUGGCACUGAAGCCGAGCUCAAAGAUGAAGACAGGAAGGCUAACAGCAACUGUGUCCCCUGUAAGGCAGGGCACUUCCAGAACACGUCCUCCCCCAGCGCCCGCUGCCAGCCGCACACCAGGUGUGAGGACCAGGGCCUCGUAGAGGCAGCGCCAGGCACCUCCCGGUCUGACACCAGCUGCAGAAAUCCGCCAGAGCCCUCCGAGAUGCCAGGAACGAUGCUGGUGCUGGCCGUCUUGCUGCCGCUGGUCUCCUUUCUGCUCCUCACCACUGUCCUCGCCUGCACCUGGAAGAGCCACCCCUCUCUCUGCAGAAAGCUGGGAUCCCUGCUCAAGAGACAUCCAGAGGGAGAGGAAUCAAAUACUGCUGAAGGAAGCUGGGAGCCCCCGAGGGUCAACCCACAGUACCCUGACCUGGUAGAGCCACUUCUGCCCACCUCUGGAGACUUGACCCCAGCCUCGGCCGGGGUCCCGGCGACCCCAGGUUUGGAGGAAGAGGCGCUACAACAGCAGAGUCCUCUGAGCCAGGCCAGGGAGCUGGAGGCUGAGCUCCCAGAGCAAGGCCAGGUGGCCCACGGCACCAAUGGCAUUCACGUCACAGGCGGGUCUGUGACUGUCACCGGCAACAUCUACAUCUACAACGGGCCGGUAUUGGGGGGAGCACGGGGCCCCGGAGACCCCCCCGCUCCCCCAGAUCCGCCGUACCCCAUCCCUGAAGAGGGUGCCCCUAGCCCUCCCGGGCUCUCCACACCCUACCAGGAGGAUGGCAAAGCUUGGCACCUGGCUGAGACAGAGCACUGGGGUGCCACACCCUAUAAGGGGCCAAGGACCCAAUUCGUCACCCACGCCUGAUGUUGUCUGGAGAAGCCAGGAGAAGGGAGGCCUGAGAGCGCCUCCUCCUCGAGGCCGCCCUCCCCGCACAGGACUGACCAAGGGCCUGGGUAGGGCCCCGAGAGCUGGACCCCGAGGGGCCGGGCCUCAGACGCGUCUCUGAGAGCAGGGCCAGCACUGGCUGGGAAUGGUGUCCCUGCAGGACUGUCACCACCGCCUGAGCAGGCCCGGGACUCCACUGCAGACCCCCUGCCCACUGGGGCAGCACCAGCUCGGCCUCAGGCACGGACAGGACAUGUGACGCUAACUGCUGCCCCCCUGGCAUCUGUACCCCAAGCAUGGCACAGAAGGGAACCAGCCACGUGGUCGCUCAAGGGCACGGCCGGGACCUCUGGCGGAUUCGUGGUGCUCAUUAUCCCCAAGCUUCAGAGGCCCUUCGAGGGCCCACACUUCACAUGGACUGAGGGAGACCCUACAUGAAGAUGGAGUGACAAGGAGGACCACCCUCCCCUUCUAGACAGGAAAGGGAAUCCUUAUAAUCAGGGGCUUGGGUGGGGUUCUAUGUAUAAGGGAGAGUUUUGGAGGGGGAGGAAAACGGUGAGUGUAUUUAUGAGUUGUAACCACAUGCAAAUAAAGAGGAGACGGAGACCUAGAUCAUUGAUUUCCUUGGGAUUUUUUUUUUUUUUUUUUUUGGCCGUGCCACACGGCAUGUGGGAUUCUAGUUCCCUGACCAGGGAUCGAACCUGUGCAUUUGUAAGUGUGGAGUCUUGGGCUUCCCUGGUGGCGCAGUGGUUAAGAAUCCGCCUGCCAAUGCAGGGGACAGGGGUUUGAGCCCUGGUCUGGGAAGAUCCCACAUGCCGCGGAGCAACAAAGCCCGUGCACCACAACUACUGAGCCUGAGCUCUAGAGCUUGCGAGCCACAACUACUGAGCCCACGUGCCACGACUACUGAAGCCCGUGCGCCUAGAGCCCAUGCUCCGCAACAAGAGAAGCCAUGACAAUGAGAAGCCCGCGCACCGCAACGAAGAGUAGCCCACGCUUGCCGCAACUAAAAGAAAGCCCGUGCGCAGCAAUGAAGACCCAACACGGCCAAAAAUAAAUAAAUAAAUAAAUAAAUUUAUAAAAAAAAAAAAAAAGGAAAGUGCAGAGUCUUAACCCCUGGACUGCUAGGGAAGUCCCUUGGGAUUUACAGAGGAACACUAUUCCACUGGGGCCAUGUCAAAGGCACAGGUCAAAACUGUAAAAUAUAAUCCCACAAGGUAUUUGUGUGAGAGGCCAGGAUAUGGAAUUCAGGUGAUGACAGUAUUGGCCAGCAAUCGCUGACAACGUGGCAGGCAGUGUUCUCAAUGCUGUGCAACGUGACCUUAUGCAACCUGCACAACCCCCCCAGGAGGUAGGUACGAUGACUCUUCCCAUUUAACAAAUGAGGAAACUGAGGCCCAGAGAGGGUAAGUCACUUGCCCAGUUCAGCUGCACAUGGCUGUGAUGAGCCCCCCGCCCCCCCCCCCCAUUAGGCUGGCUCUAGAGGCCUGUUGGGUAAAAAGAGAGUUUCUCUGAACGGGUAAAAUGGGCUGGUUUUCUGAAGUCAUCAGACCUCCUGCAUGUCCCACCGGCAUCAAGUCUCAGCCAACUCUCAAACCCCCAGGCUCAAGGCAAAGUGCAAAAGUAUUUGGCAAGGUUGGAUGAAGGGAAAGAUACACACUUUAGACAUAAAUUGACAUAAAUUUAGAGGCCAAGUUCACAUUCUGUUGGUGAAGAGAUAGAGGCCGGCCUCCUUCAACCCAGAAGGAGCACUCGUGACUUUUACUUUAUUUCUUCUUAUCUUGCAGGCGUACCUCGCGGUAUUGUGUGGGGUUUUCUGUUUGUUUUUUUACAAAUUGUGGCAACCCUGCAUUAU